UCUACUACGAGAAGGCAGAAACCCGAGUUCCUUUCUAUUCUUUCCGUUUCACCAAUUCCGCGCCCUGAAUUCUCCGGUAAAGGGUUCAAUCCCUGUCUUCCACAUGGUAGCAAUGGAACAAAAACAGUUACUAUUGCGCACAGCUACAGAACCACUGAUAUCAGAGUCAAAUUCAAUGACUAGCGCAACAUUGGGUCGUGUUAUGAACACAUUGCUUACUACCAAGCCUAAGAAGCUUCUAGAAACCAUUUCUCAUCUUGAUCCUUCUCCCAAAAUUGCACCUAUUGCUGUUUCUUUGGAACAGUCAUUAUGGUUUCUUUACAAGUAUGUGAAGGAUGCUGCUGAAAAAGAGUCAUCUUUGGACCAAGUUCUUGUUCCUAUGAUUCAACAUUCACUGAGGUUCCGGGGGUCAAAGCAUGGCAACCAAGUGAUGAUACUUCUCAAUUGGCUUUUUGAGGACGAAGUAAAUUUCCAGGCUUUAGCAAAUGAUCUGGAGGCCAUUUUAUCUCGAAAAGAGGAUCAUUACAUAUCCCUUGGGUGGUGUACCCUUGCACGAAGUCUUAUUGAAUUUGAGGUCACUAUGGACAAGCUCGAAACACGUGGGGUUAGAGCGAGAUACGAUGCACUUCUGAAGAUUUUCUGCACAUGUACGUCCCAUCUUGUGGCUAUUGUACGUGAUGGAAGCACCGUGCAGGGGGAAUUUGAGCUGCCAACUCGCCUUUCAGUGGCUGCUGCGGAUCUAAUUCUCUCUCUUACGGAGGCAUUAACAAGAAGUGAUUCAGUGUCCAACUGCUCAGAUGACAAGCAAAAGGCAGCUGGUAUUGGUGAAAGAAAUCGCCCAGUCAUGUUGUUAUCUUCUACUUCGACUAAGAAGAAAGUGAAUAAAAUCAGCAAAUCCUCUGAAUCUACACACAUGGAAAUGAAGUUACUGCUUUGGGACCAGUUGGAUCACCUCAUAGUUCUUGUAGAGAGACUUACAGCUUGGAACAAAAAAAGCAGGCCUUUGCAUGCAAAGGCAUUGGAGAGAGUUCUCAGGUGGUUGCUGGGGACGCAGGAAAAAUAUAUUCACAUACAAACCAAGACAGAUUCACAAAUGCUGAAGAGUGGAAUAUUACUGCUCUCAUCUUGUUGGAAACAUUAUGGCAUGUUGUUGCACUUGGAAGAGCACAAAUUCGCACAGAAAUAUACAGAAUUAUUGGAGCAGUACUUAUCUGGGAUUCAGUUUUAUGCAGAUAACUAUGCUGAAGAGUCUCCAAAAAACAAAGAAAGUGGAAGAGAGACCAUUAAGUUUUUCUUGAAUUGCCUUGCCCUUCUAUUAGGCCGUCUACAUGGAAUGCAGUUUAAAUCUACCAUUGAGGAACAUGGAUCUCAGCUAUCUCAAGCUAUCAUAUCCCAGCUCAAUUGUGCAGAUGAUGAAGUAAUUGACAGUGCCCUCUGCAUCUUCAAAGCUGUCAUCUUUAGGACGAACAGUAGUUUGUCUAAAUGUGCUGCAGACAUUAGUCAGAUUAAUGCUUUACUGCCAAUGUUACUACACCUCUUGGAUGAGCGAGACACUGCAGCGAAAGCUGUUAUCAAGCUUUUUGCUGAAUAUUGCUCCAUAUCCUCCGAUACACAGUGCUUGGAAGAAAUUCUAAAGCGCCUUAUUUCCGGGAAUGUUUCACAGAAAAGAAAUGCUGUUGACUUCAUUUCAGAUCUUAUCCAUGUAUCUAUGGAGUCAGAUACCGUGCUUCCUCCUACUAUGUGGCAGCAUUUGUCAUGCCACCUAUUGGAGUUUCUCCAAGACGAACAAAUGGUAAUUAAUACACAGGCUUCCAAAUUGAUUCCUUUAAUAG